UACGGUUCGGUUAAAGCACGGCGCAGGCCGAUGCGUUGUUGACCCAUAUUGGUUUUGCUGAGAUCCACCGUCGAUGGUGGCCGGAGCUGGUUUAACGAAUCCACCAUUAAAAUCUUCCUCCAAUUUCAUUUCCUAUUCACAUUCAUCGUCGCUGACAUAGAUGAUGAAGUUGUUCAAGUUACACUUACACACUUCACAUUCACAUGGUCUUUCUCUGCAAUGCCAAUGCCAUCUCCCUCAUUCCACAACCUCUGCAUCGUCAAGUCCCUCCUCUCCAACCCUUCCCUCCCCGACGCCGUUUCUUCUCUUGACCUCUUGCGCCUCAAGGGCAUUCGCUUACCCUCUCACGUUCUCGCCACCCUCCUGCGCCACUGCUCCAAAACCAGGUCUUACCGAGAGGGCAAGUUGAUUCACCUCCACUUGAAGCUCACCGGUUUCAAACGCCCCCCAACGCUUCUUGCCAACCACUUGAUCUCCAUGUACUUCAGCUGCGGCGAUUUCGUUCAGGCACGCAAGGUGUUCGACAAAAUGGACGACAGAAACUUGUACACCUGGAACAAUAUGCUUUCUGGGUAUGCUAAAUUGGGCUUGCUGAAGCAAGCUAGGAGCUUCUUCUACCAAAUGCCUCACAAGGAUCAUGUAUCUUGGAAUUCAAUGGUGGCUGGGUAUGCACACAAGGGCAGAUUUGCUGAGGCUUUGAGAUUUUAUGGACACUUGAGGAGAUUGUCUGUGGGGUAUAAUGAGUUUAGCUUUGCCAGUGUCUUGAUUGUUUCUGUAAAGUUGAAGGAUUUUGAACUUUGUAGGCAGAUCCAUGGGCAGGUUUUAGUUAUUGGAUUUUCGUCCAAUGUAGUUAUAUCCAGCUUAAUUGUUGAUGCUUAUGCCAAGUGUGGGAAGUUGGAAGACGCGAGGAGAUUAUUUGAUGGCAUGCCUGUGAGGGAUGUUCGUGCGUGGACGACAUUGGUUUCGGGUUAUGCCACAUGGGGGGACAUGAAAUCGGGUGCUGAGUUGUUUAGUCAGAUGCCUAAAAGCAAUUCCUGUUCGUGGACAUCUUUGAUUAGAGGCUAUGCAAGAAAUGGUAUGGGUUAUGAAGCAAUUGGGGUGUUUAGACAAAUGAUCAGGCAUCAAGUUAGACCUGAUCAAUUUACACUCAGUACUUGCCUCUUUGCUUGCGCCACUAUUGCUUCACUGAAGCAUGGUAGACAAAUACAUGCUUUUUUGGUGCUGAAUAACAUCAAACCUAAUAAUGUUGUCGUUUGUGCUAUUGUUAACAUGUAUUCAAAAUGUGGAAGCUUGGAAACUGCCAUGCAAGUCUUUAAUUUCAUUGGAAAUAAGCAGGAUGUAGUGUUGUGGAACACGAUGAUAUUGGCACUGGCUCACUAUGGGUAUGGUAUAGAAGCAAUUAUGAUGCUAUAUAAUAUGCUAAAAUUAGGAGUGAAGCCAAAUAGGGCCACUUUUGUUGGCAUUCUAAAUGCUUGUUGUCAUUCAGGUCUUGUUCAGGAAGGGCUUCAGUUAUUUAAGUCCAUGACUGGUGGGCAUGGUGUCGUCCCUGACCAAGAACACUAUACUCGCUUAGCUAAUCUUUUGGGUCAAGCUAGAUCUUUUAAUAAAUCAGUGAAGGAUCUGCAGAUGAUGGAUUGUAAUCCAGGUGACCAUGGUUGUAAUUCUUCGAUGGGUCUAUGUAGAAUGCAUGGGAAUAUAGAUCAUGAGACAGAAGUAGCUGCAUUCCUUAUUAAAUUGCAGCCAGAAUCUUCUGCUGCCUACGAAUUUCUUGCAAGUACAUAUGCUUCACUUGGGAAAUGGGAAUUGGUUGAGAAAAUAAGACAUAUUUUGGAUGAGAGACAGGGGAGGAAAGGGUCAGGCUAUUAGUCGGAUUGAAAUUGAUGAUAAGGUUCAUACUUUCACUGUAUUAGACAUGUCACACCCUCUGAAGGAAACAACAUACUCAGCUUUGAGGGCACUUAAGUAACCACAUGGAAGACCAUGCCCCACUACCUAACUUUGGAAUGUGAUAGUUAGAUAAAAAAAUUUCCCAGUAGAUGAUUUUUUGUAGAGAGCAGGAAUAUAUUUUCCAUUUACUAAGUCAUUAUUCUUUUUUCCUUUUCACUUCCUUUUUGCUGAUACCAGAUUCUGCAGAGUUGAACUUCCACAUUGUUAUGCUUAUUACUUAAUAGAUGUUUCCUCCUGAAAAACCGAGGAGGAAGGACAACAGUGGUGGGUGGGAAGAACCGAGAAGACAGUUGAUUUUUGGGAAAGAUUUCUUGCUUCCUUCUUUUCACCCAUUGUUUUGUUUGUAUUUUUCACCAACUGAACGAAAUAACAAAAAAAAAUUCCCUAUCAAAGAUCUUCCUUAUUUUUUCGAAGCAGAUCUCUUUCCUUAUAUGACUUCGAAUGUUUGUCGUAAGAGCUUGACCAUGGAAUAUGGGAAUGCUAAUUGUGAAAUUACAAAUCGAAUUCCUAAUGGUCAUUGAUAGGUGAGAGAUUCCUGUGGGAGCAUUUGAUGGAGGAAAUUUUCACGUUGUUCUAGUUCACAAAUGUUCUGCUCAUUCUCUGAAAUGCUUCAUGUUGAAUCGCGUGGGAACGAUGAAGCAAUAUACUAUGACUGUUGACUGUUGGCGGUGUUUUCAUCAGUUUGAUGUUUUAUGCAAGGCUCAGGGAAUUAAAUUGGAUUCCUUAUAAGAUGAUUUUUUCCUCCUAUAGGAAUAGGAGCUUACUUAGCAUCUAUAUUUCUAUAUUAUUAUUCUAUAAAAGAAAGGUCUGACCAUGCAUCCGCGUAUCAUGUCAAUAAUAUGCAGUAUGCACUAUUAUUAAUGAAAGGCAUCAAGUUCUUUACAGGUUCUUGCUUUAUGUUUAAUUAUAUUUUCUUUUUUAAAACGUGACAGCGGACAAACAUGAACAGAAAACAAAACUAAGCGAGACAAGCCACGCUAGACUGAUAGAUUCAUGACAAGAUUCAUCAUCACACCAAAACCAGAGGGUAAAACUUGAAACAAGUGAUCUCUGGUUUUGAUAUGAAGUUUGAGCCACUAGUUUGUAAGUUACGAGCAAAUCUGGAAGAGAUUCUCAUUCUCUACAGCCUAUACUACUAAUAUCCAUGUAUGUGUCUGAUCAUUUGUUUCUUAAUAUCUUCUCGCUAUCACAGAUAAAUCUGGCUGUCAGGGAAAAAUACUAAAGGCCGAUCAAGAAAUAAAAUUGGUCUUACUUUUGUUUUUUCGACACGUGAUCAUUUGUUCUCGAUUUAAAUUGGUUAUAUUAAGUGAAUAAACAAAGACAAACACUAAGUCAGAGAAGCUUCAACAAUCAACAGCCAUACAAGUGGACCAACCAAUAAUAUAUAUUCUCGGUUAUAACUCCUUGCCAAUAAUUAGAGCGAAGGUUCCCACGACGUUAAGACAACAAUAGGCUAAUUGAUGAGUCCUUCCUAUCCAAAAGCCAAAGCCAAAAUUCUAAGAGAUAACCAAAAACAAUUGAGUGAAAGAAAGCACAAGAAUCAUUUCAUAAUAUUUCCCAACCUUUGUCCAAUUCAGCAACUCCAUUCCCAUUGAUUAAAAAAACAAUCCAUUCUGACGACACAAUGCCUUAUAUUAAAUCCCACCACCAACAACAAAGUCAUAAGCUGCGACAGCUAAUUCCAGCAGCAACAACAACAACAGAAAAAGAAGAGGAAGAACUAGGAAUUCCUCUUGUUGUUGUUGUUGUCCUUGUCCCUCUCUUCAUCUUUGAUGGGUUCCAAGGUCUCGAAACAGGUUGAGAGACGAAAGGCAAUCCAUACAGAGGAAAAAACUCUGUCUGAUCUCAGAAACUCUGGGGAAGACUGCCCCGGCUCAGAUUAUCAUCCCUCAGACAGAAAAAAAUGGAUGUCUGAGCUACCCUGAGAAAGUUGUGACAAAACAAAUUGUUUGGCCUGGAACCCAUGAUUCUGCAACCAAUAAGAUUGGCAUCCCAUGCAUCACUCGGCCUUUUGCUCAAUGACAAUCCUUGUCCAUCUACCAGCAGCUUGUGUUGGGGACAAAGGGUGAUUGACAUUCGGGUGCAGGAGGAUCGCAAAGUGUGCCACGGAGUCCUCGUUACAUACAGCAUCGAUGUUGUCAUCAAAGAUGUCAAGAAGUUCUUAUCAGAAACUCAGUCCGAGAUCAUCAUCCUCGAGGUUAGAACCGAGUUUGGGCACGAGGAUCCUCCGGAAUUCAACAAGUACCUUGAGGAACAACUGGGGGAUUACCUAGUUCCCCAUGAUGAAAAUGUUUUUGAAAAGACCAUCGCAGAAGUGCUACCAAAGAGAGUUAUAUGUGUUUGGAAGCCAAUAAAAUCACCACAGCCUAAGACAGGGAGUCCUCUGUGGAGUGCAGGGUACUUGAGGGAUAAUUGGAUCAACACUGAUUUGCCAUCAACCAAGUUUGAGAGCAACAUGAAGCAUUUGAGUGAGCAGCAACCUGUUACUUCCAGAAAAUACUUUUACAGGGUGGAGAACAUCGUUACGCCUGUGGCGGAUAACCCUGUUCUGUGUGUGAAGCCUGUCACUGAGCGAACUCAUGGCUUUGCAAGACUCUUCAUGAGUCAGUGCUUCUCCAAAGGGUAUGCAGAUAGACUGCAGAUUUUUUCUACGGAUUUCAUUGACCAGGAUUUCGUUGAUGCAUGUGUUGGACUCACAUGUGCCAGGGUUGAGGGUAGAGCCUGAAAAUUGAAAUUAUCUUUUCUCAUGCUCGUAACUCAAUUUAAUUGCUGUUUCUUUUUCUUGUUCAUGGUUCUGUCUCUUUUCUGUAGCAGUGUAGCUGGAUCACAUGGUUGAUGGGGUCAUCUAAUAUUAGAAUUUUUAUGUUUUUCUAGAAGUGAUUGUAUAUUUGGUGGAAAUUUCUGAUUUGGAAAUAAACAAUGGUUUGUUCUGUGGUGUCAUGUGAAUGCAAAUUCAAUUGUUUUUAAUU